AUGAGGGUCUUACAAUGGGUCUCGUUGACCCUCUUUGCCGCUCUGGCAACAGCUGCAGGUACGGCUGAGGAGCAGCAACAGGCAGCGGCACUGCAACUACUUGCGUCGAUGCCCGCAUGUGGACUCAGUUGCCUUCAAACUGCAAUCGCGGCGAGCCCGUGCUCGUCGACAGACAUAGCAUGCAGUUGCAGCAAUGCCACCAUCACGGCGGAGGUCCAGGCCUGCGUUUUGCAAAGCUGCAGUAUAAAGAACCAGCUCACAACACAGAACACUACGGACACACUUUGCCAACGCCCAGUCCGCGACAGGACGAAGGCGGUCUCCUACAGCGGCGUCAUUGGCUUGGUCAUUGCUCUCAUUGCCUACAUACUACGAAUGUCGUCGAAGAUGUCAUGUAAAGGGUGCAGUCGUCUCACGUUCAGCACUCAGCUGUGGUGGGACGAUGCGGUAAUGACCUUCGCUAUGGCCUUGGUGGUUCCGUUGAGCAUUCUGUCAGUCGAUUUGGCCAAUCUUGGACUGGGGAAAGACAUUUGGACACUUCCAUUCGAGAACAUCACAGCAAUCCUGAAGGUCUACUACGCCGACGAAGAUCUCUACCUGACCGCACUCCCGGCCAUCAAAAUCUCCAUGUGCUUGACCUACCUGCGCAUCUUCGACUCGCAACGAUUCCGCUGGAUCGUGUAUUUCGUCAUUGGAUUGAACGUAUGUUACGGCAUGGCAUUUGUUCUGGUCUCCGUCUUCCAAUGCUGGCCCAUCUCUUUCGCAUGGACUCACUGGCAUGGCGAGACCACGGGUCGCUGCAACAAUAUCAAUGCGCAGGGAUGGGCAUCAGCGGCGUUCAAUGUUAUCCUGGACAUCAUUGUGCUCGGUCUUCCGAUGCCGAUGCUUUGGAAAAUGCAACUGAAUAAGCGGAAGAAUUUUCUGGUCAUGCUCAUGUUCGGCGUUGGUGGAUUUGUGACGGUUGUCAGUAUUUUGAGACUGCAGGUGCUGAUUGAGUUUGGAGAUGCUUCCAACUUGACGUGGCAUUACACCGCCGUGGGAUACUGGUCGACAGUAGAGCUUCAUGCAGCCGUUGUCUGCGCUUGCAUGCCUUCCAUACGCAACAUCAUCCGACGCUUUCUCCCCAGGCUCAUGGGAUCGACUCUCACCAAUCGUCGAGACAUCAACUCAACGACAGAAUAUGACUACGUGGUCGUGGGAUCAGGACCGGGUGGCGGACCUUUGGCAUCCCGUCUGGCCAUCGCAGGUUUCAAGGUCCUCUUGAUUGACGCUGGAGACGACCAGGGCGAUGCUAUCGCACAGAUGGUGCCAGCAAUGCAAUUGCAGUCUGUCGAAUACGAGCCGCAGAGAUGGGACUACUUCGUCAACCAUUAUUCAAACCUCACCCGACAGGAACGGGACUCCAAGAUGGUGUACAACCAGACCGAUGGCGAGCUGUAUACCGGCAAGAAUCCACCGAAUGGCGCUGAACCGCUUGGUAUUCUGUAUCCUAGAGCUGGAACGCUGGGCGGCUGCGCUGCUCACAAUGCUAUGAUCACGGUCUACCCGCAUGAGAGCGAUUGGACGAAUCUUCAGACUAUUACUGGAGAUGAUUCUUGGGCGCCGGAUAAUAUGAGGACGUACUUUGAGAAGCUUGAGCGGAAUGAAUACGCUCUUGAGGGAACAGAGGGCCAUGGAUUUGAUGGAUGGCUCCAGACUAGCUUGACUUCUCUGACCCUGGUUGUUGAAGAUCAGAAGCUCCUGACGCUGAUUUUGUCGGCGGCAACUGCUAUGGGCAAGGGUAUCAUCACCAGCCUCAUCACGACGGUCACUGGCCUCGCACACAUUCUGACAGAUGACAUCAACUCUGCUGCUGCUACUCGAGACCAGACCCAAGACCUCUACCAAGUGCCCAUCGCAGUCAACAACACAGCUUCACGACGAAGCGGUCCGCGCGACUUCAUCCUUGAUACCGCUAAUGCAGUCAACGCUGACGGUUCGCGGAAGUACCAUCUCGACGUCCAGUUGAACACUCUUGUCACGAAAGUUCGAUUCGACCAAAGCGGAGCGACUCCGAAAGCCGUGGGUGUCGAGUACCUCCAGGGCAACAGCCUCUACGCUGCUGACCCGCGCUAUGAUGCUGCCAGUGGAUCUACCGGCUAUGUUGCUGUGGGCAAGGAGGUCAUCCUUUCGACGGGAGCGUUCAGCACUCCACAGCUUCUGAAGCUUAGUGGUGUCGGGCCACAAGAGGAGUUGAAGAGCUUCGGUAUUGACGUCGUGAAAGACCUCCCUGGCGUUGGCGAGAACUUGCAGGACAGAUACGAAACCGGCGUAGUCGGCAAGAACCCAGGAGAGUUCGUCAUCACCAAAGACUGCACGUUCGGCUACACCUCGCCCGAUCCAUGUCUCCAGACCUGGCAGGACAACGACACCAAGGAGUCGAGAGGCGUGUACGCAACCAACGGCAUCGCCAUCGCCAUUACGAAGAAGUCUUCCUCCGCAUCCGAGUCCGACGACCCAGAUCUUUUCAUCUCAGGCGCACCCGCAAACUUCCCAGGCUACUACCCGAACUUCGCCAAAAUCGGGCUCCAAGACGCACAGCACUGGACGUGGAUCAUCCUCAAGGCACACGCGCGUAAUAACGCCGGCACCGUCAAGCUCCGCUCCACAAACCCACAAGACGUCCCCCAAAUCGACUUCAACUACUUCGACACCGGCGUCACCACCGACGAUGCCGAUGAGAAAGACCUCCAAGCCGUCUACGAAGCCAUGGAAUUCGCCCGCGAAGCCUACCAGAAAAUGAUUCCCCUCGAUGGCGCUUUCACCGAGACCUGGCCCGGGGCGAAUGUCACCGGCGACGACCUAAAGCAGUUCAUCAAAGACGAAGCUUGGGGCCACCAUGCUUCGUGUACCUGCAAGAUUGGCGCGGACGACGACCCGAUGGCUGUGCUGGACUCAAACUUCAGAGUGCGCGGCGUGGAGGGUUUGCGAGUCGUCGAUGCGUCUGUCUUUCCUAAGAUUCCGGGGUACUAUAUUGCGCUGCCAAUUUACAUGGUUAGUGAGAAGGCUGCGGAUGUUAUUAUCAAUGGAUCAUAA